AUGACCGUUACUUGCCUCUGGCCGCUCGGAUUGGAAGGCUCAGAAGUCGCUCUCCUAGUAGACUUGGACAUCGGGGGCGGCCAGAUGAUGGAUACUUGUGUAGCCGGUGAGGAUUGUGGUAGCAUGAAGGACUAUUCGUCUAUAACCUGGAGACGGGCUCAAAGCCCGUCGCUGACGGCUGCGAUCGGAGGUCAACGUGUUCUUUCCCCCUCGCUUCCAUGUGGCCCUGCGCGGUGGUGGGAAACUACUAAAACCCUAAUCUUUCGAGCUCUGGAUAUCUCUUUCGACAACGAAAAGGUCUUCACGAUCACCGCAUUUGGAGCGGGAGCUGACCUGGAACCCGAAGUUGCUUCGGGUGAAGGUAAAUAUCCGAGAGGGGGGCUUCUUGGUCGCCGCUCGCUAGCAUACUUGAGACUGUCUUGCAAAAUCUGGUCUUGGAGGUGGAAGCCAAUCGCAUUAGGGAUUCCUUUGAAGAACAGGUUAGGAUUGGGAAGUGGGAGGUCGGUGGAAGCGGAAGAAGCGGGAUUUUAUAUUGAGCUAAAUCCUCGACGCUACCGCUCUGGGAAAGCGAUUUUUCUCCAAAGUAUUGUAAGCUUCUCGCGUAAUUGUGCUCCGGUUGCGGAGGAAGACCAGAUUUUUUUUUUAUUUCCAUUUUUUAUGCUAAUUACGCUUCUACCCUUAAAUCUCAAUUCUGAGCUUGAAGGUUGUGUUUCUUCCCCUUCGAGCUUUUUAAUACAGAGUGGAACGGGAGUCGGGAGAGAGACGAACGUGCUCAGUUGUUGUCGCCAGUACCAAACCACAACUUGA